AUGUUGAAGAAGAUUCCUGCUCUAAUCUCUACAGAACAAAAUGAGUAUCUUAUUGCUCUCCCUAGCAAUGAAGAAGUCAAGCUAGCAGUCUAUGGUCUGAAUGGUGACAGUAUAAGUGGCCCUGAUGGUUUCUCAGGCCAUUUUUUCCAGGUCUGUUGGCAUAUCAUAGGGGAAGAUGUCACUAAAAUGGUUAGAGAAUUCUUUUGUAGGAAAGAGUUGCCUAGAUUCAUUACUCACACCAAUCUUGUUCUAAUUCCUAAGAAGGAAGUGGUCAAUACAUUUGCAGACUUGAGACCAAUAAGCCUUAGCACUUUUGCUAACAAGAUCAUCUCCAGAGUCUUGCAUGAGAGGAUUGUGACAGUACUGCCUGGCAUUAUUUCUAACACUCAAACUGGUUUUGUAAAAGGUAGGAGCAUUGUGGAGAAUGUGUUGUUAGCACAGGAGAUCAUUAGAGACAUAAACAAGAGAAACAAACUGCACAAUGUGGUAGUGAAGCUUGACAUGGCUAAGGCUUAUGAUAUGGUGUCAUGGAUCUUUCUAACAAAGGUUUUGAGGCAAUUUAGCUUCUCAGAGGUGAUUGUAGACAUGCAAACUGAAGUCUUGGCCAGAAACCUGAAUAGUCUACAUGAAGAUACUGCUUUUAAAGGAUAUGGCAUGCCAAAAUGGAGCCCUCAGAUCAACCAUUUAUCAUAUGCUGAUGAUACCAUACUUUUUUGCUCAGCUGAUCCUGUAUCAUUGAAAAAGAUGAUGAAGAUCUUGAGGGACUAUGAGAAGACAUCUGGUCAGCUGGUUAACAAUGACAAGAGCUCUUUCAAUGUGCAUGAGAAAGUUCCAGCAGCUUUGGUUAACAGAAUUAAAAGGAAAACUGGUAUGAGGAAAGGCUCUUUUCUUUUUACAUAUUUGGGAUGUCCAGUAUUUUAUGGUAGAAGGAAAAUUGUCUAUUAUGAAAGUCUGAUAAAGAAGGCGAUGAAUAGAGUGAUAUCUUGGCAAAAUAAGCUGUUGUCAUUUGGUGGAAGGUACAUAUUAAUUGCACAUGUUCUACAGACAAUGCCAGUCUAUUUAUUAUCUGCAAUGAAUCCUCUGAAAGGUGUUAUAGACCAAUUACAUAAGAUCUUUGCCAAGUUCUUUGGAGUAAUACUGCAGGUGUUAAAGGCAAGCACUGGGUGGCUUGGGAGAAAAUGUGUUUGCCAAAGUAUGAAGGUGGUCUUGGCUUUAAAUCACUGCAUGAUAUAUCCAAAGCCUUUUUUGCAAAACUCUGGUGAAAUUUUAGAACUAACAUUUCUUUAUGGGGAGCCUUCGUGGGAAUUUCAUGUUGAAGAAACUGUGGAAUACAUACAACAUACCAUUAAUCCAAAGCUGAUUCAAGCUGAUAAUUAUAAAGCUUGGUGGAUGGGUGAAACAAAUGGAAAAUUCACAGUCAAAAGUGCAUGGGAGGAAAUUAGACUAAAGCAAGAUAGUCUUAAAGCUUAUAGAUAUAUCUGGUUGAAGGGAUUGCUUAUUAAAAUAAGUUUCUUUUUAUGGAGAGUUUGGAAGAGAUGCAUAGCAACUGAUGACAACCUUAAGAGAAUGCACAUCAACAUUGUCUCAAGGUUUUAA